GCACCUUAUAUUGUUGGGAAGACUAGGCAGAACUAGAGUCCUAGGCUAGUUAAAAAAUUAAAAUAAUCAUGUCGCCAGAAACAUCUUCGAGUCCACCCCGAACAAGAGACUCAAGACCUAACAAUACAUGUGUUACAGCAUAUUUAGUUGCUUAUAAUGUUAUUCAGAUGCUAGGAUGGCUGGCUAUUAUGGUGAUUAUGGUUAACCAUAUUUUCUCAAAUAAAAGCUUUGGUCUUCUUUAUUAUGAAGUUGUAAGUAUUCUUCAGAUAUGUCAGACUGCUGCUAUUUUAGAGAUUGUCCAUGCCAUGACAGGGAUGGUCAGGUCCAACUGGGUUCUAACAGCUUUUCAAGUUUAUUCUCGCGUCUUCCUGGUCUGGGGCAUUGUCUGGAGUGUUCCUGCCGCCCAGCAUGGGUUCCAGAUGAGUCUGUGGUUGUUUGCUUGGACCAUCACUGAGAUUGUCCGCUACACCUUCUACUUCUUCAGCCUUUUACCUGGACCAGUUCCCAAUUUUCUCGUUUGGUGCAGGUAUACUUUCUUUAUUGUCCUGUACCCUAUUGGAGUAACAGGUGAGCUGAUGACCAUCUUCAGUGCUCUACCAAGUGUCCGGGACACCAAGCUCUACAGCUUUGAUCUGCCCAACAAGUGGAACAUCGCCUUCAACUACUAUUAUUAUCUCUGUUUUAUUGUCGUCUCUUACCUGCCUGUGUUCCCCCAGCUGUACCUCCACAUGUUUAGCCAGAGGAGAAAGGUUUUGAGUGGUGCCCUGGACAGAAAGAGGAAAGUGGAGUAAAGACUUGUUCUACCCAGAAACAGUUCAUCCUGCGAGAUAGCUGCUAUCAUUCCUAGUUGUGUUAACACUCUAAACUACCAUCAGCAUAACUUAACAUAGUUAUAUUAGUAUUAUUAUAUAAGCUCCAUGAGCAUAUCUUAGAAUCAUAUUGCUUCUUCUUUACUGUCUGCCAAAGUAAGAAUAUCACCAAUGUAUGCUUAUCUAUUGGCUUGACCUAACACAAAAGAACAGCUUCCAUAUAACUUUAGUUUUUAGGCAGAAGUAUUUUGAUAGUAUGGAUGUGUAAAACUAGCUAAAGUCCUUUCUUGAUAUACAAAUUACUCUAUACUGAUAUAUUUUUAGAGUUAAAAAAAUAAAAUAUUUAGUUUUUAUUUUAGAGUGGCAAUAUUAUUCGUUAGGACAGUUCCUUACCUGUUGAUUUGUUUUAUUAGUUUAUUGCUUUGAGUAUAAGGUUGAUUGGAAUCUAAAGUUGUCUUCACUGAUGGUAUGAUUGUAAAGCUGACCUGAUUAAUUUCCUUGUGCUGUUAUUUAAGUGUUUUGUCAUGCUGGUUCAUUGAAAUCAAAAGUGAUUUUGUUUAGCUUGCUAAAAAUUUUGAACAAAUCAAAAUUGUUUGUAAAUCACGUCACAGAUUUUAAUUUAUUUUUGUUAUGAAGAAAACUAAGAAAUUAGAAAUUUCUUAAUAUAUGUUGUAUGUUUGGUAAUGGUUUGCUUUUCAUUUAAAGAGUUUUUAUACUUCAAUAAAGUAAAUGUAUAGUUCUGCA